AUGGCGCAGGACUCUUCGGUCCCUGGUCUCUUGAGUGGUGUCAGCAUGAGCACUGACACCAAUAGCAGCCCGAUGCCUCAAGUUGCUUCUCUCGUGGUGACGUAUAGGUGCGUUACCACCACCACCACGCGUCUUAUUGUCGGAUGGACUUGCGUGAACGAGGAUUCGUCGGAAGACUCGCUCAGUCCGAAAACCACGGACAUGAUGCCGCCACGUUCCCCAGAGCCAGUCAACCUGGAUAUUGCGGUGUCCGCCCCUGAUGAUCCGGAGACGGGAGGUGUCACCUUCGAGUCGGAUGCAUCAUUUGACUCGCCAGAAUAG